AAAAAGGAAAAGUGAAAAGAGACGGGAGGGGAAAAAAAAGAAAGAAAGAAAGAAAAGCUGCACUGCUGCGAUCAGAAGUGAAGUGACGUGAAGAUCGGGACGCGAGGGUCUUCUCGACUGUACGGGUCUCGUUCUCUAACCGCAGAUCCGGAGCGGCGGAAAGUUCGGAAGUGUCGAAGCUUUCAGCGAAAUGUCGUUUCGCUCGUGUGUUUUUUUUUUUUACGUUAUUCUUUAAUCACUUUGUAAAGUUUGUAAAUCUGAGCGCUGCGAUACCGCACCUCCCUAUCUCCGCGUUCGUGUGGCUCGAGGAGCUCGGAAGUUUGCACCUCCGUCCGUGGAACGUGUUUCCAUGGAGUCCGCGGGAGAUAUUUUGUUCAGUUUUUCAUUUCUUAAGAAUGGUGAAUUUGGCCUAAUAAUAAUUGUGCAGGUAUUUUAAAAAACAAAAACCACCACCGAAUGUGACGGUACACCGAAAUGUCUGUAUAGCGCUGGUCUGCAUUGGCCGGUGUGCGCGCAGAGCUCCGGUCGCUUCGCUUCGCUUCGCUUCGGUUUCAGCAGCCUGCGAGCUUCGCGUGUUGCCCCGAUCACCGGAGCUACGGGGCAAAAGUUUGCGGAGUUCGUUUGAAGUCGUGCCCCUGCACCUCUGCGGAACAACUCAAGAUAAAUUCGCUAUUGUGGGAUAGCUGACAUGGUGACGGUGCGAUAGCCUGAUUGCAAACUGCAUAGCAGUCCACGAACUAGAGCUUUUCCCGGUCUGUGGACCCGAGGAUACCGAGAGAACCGGGUACAAAAUGGCGGCGGCCCUGGGACACAUCGGAUCAUUUUACGCGUUUUAUUUAAUUUUGUGCCUAAAACUGUUAAUCAUUGAUGCGUUGAGCACGGACGUGUCGUGUUCCCAAAACUGUACGUGCACCAUUGACACGACGGACUGCAGCAACAUGAAGCUGACCCAAAUCCCGACAGAUCUGCCGGAGCGGACGGUCCGUGUAAACCUGAGCCAUAACAAGCUGGCAGUAGCUGAUAUGAACAUCCUCUCCAGUCUACCCAACCUAAGAGAAGUGAGACUGGAGCACAACGAGCUGACGUCCCUCCCCGUGUUCGGGGACGGCCCGCUAGCGAUCACCUCCCUCUCUCUGCACCAUAACAAGAUCAGCAGCGUGCAGGGGUCCCGGCUGCAGACCCUCAGAGACCUGCUGACUCUGGACCUGAGCAACAACGACCUCAUGGAUCUGAGGGAACACUGCUUCCCACCUGGUCUCCACAUCAGAGAGCUGUUGCUAAGCAGUAAUAAGAUCGUGCACCUGGAGUUCGGGACGUUCAGGAACCUGGCCAGCACCCUGCAGGUCUUGAAGCUCAGCAGGAACCGGCUCACGCAGCUGCCCGUGAAGGGCCUAGAACUGCCCCGACUGACCCAGCUAGACCUGAGCAGGAAUCGUCUGCGUUUAAUCGAGGGUCUGACGUUCCAAGGCCUGUCGAGUCUGGAGGUCCUGAAGCUUCAGAAGAACAACAUCAGCAGACUGACUGACGGGGCCUUCUGGGGCCUGGCGCACAUGAGGGUCCUACAUUUGGACUACAACAACCUGACAGAGGUGAACAGCGGCUCCCUGUACGGUCUGGAGUCUCUGCAGCACCUCCAUCUCUCCAACAACUCCAUCUCCACCUUCAACCCAGAGGGCUGGGCUUUCUGUGACAGACUGAGAGAGCUACACCUGGCCCAUAAUAACCUGACCAAGCUGUCGGAGGGGAGUUUUGUGAAGUUGGUGAAUCUUCAGUCUCUACGCUUGAGCCACAACUCGCUCAGCCAUAUUGCUGAGGGCGCCUUCAGAGGACUAAGUGCCCUGCGUCUGCUAGAGCUGGAUCACAAUGACCUUUCGGGGGUGAUCGAGGACGCUACGGGUGCCUUCGUGGGUCUGGAGAGUCUCAGAACGCUGACUCUGUGUGGAAACAGGAUCAAGUCUGUGGCCAGGAAGGCCUUCUCUGGCCUAGAAGCACUGCAGCACCUGAACUUGCGGGACAACGUCAUCCGCACCAUUCAACCAGACACCUUCAGCAAGAUGAAAGACUUGCACAGUCUUGAAAUUCAGAGCGAUAGUUUCCUGUGCGACUGCCAGCUGUCCUGGUUUCCUGAGUGGCUGGUGACCCAGGGUCUGCAGGCGGGCGUACAGGCGACGUGCGCUCACCCCAGCAGCCUGCAAGGCACGAGUGUGUUCCAGGCUCCGCCUCAGAGCUUCGUGUGUGAUGACCUGGCGAAACCGCACAUCACGGCGCACCCUGUGGCCACGUCGGCCGUGGUGGGCGAGGACGUGCGUCUCACGUGCACGGCGGUGAGCGGGAGCACGAGCGUGCCCGUCACGCUGGCGUGGCGUAAGGACCAGGAGGCACUGGAGCACGCCGAGGUGGAGACCCGCGCCCAGCCGCGCGCACCCGACGGCGCCGUGACCGACUACACGGCCAUCCUCCACCUCCGCAGCGUGGCGUUCCAGCAUGAGGGUCGCUACCAGUGCGUCGUCUCCAACCACUUUGGCUCCGCCUACUCCAACAAGGCACGCCUCAGUGUCAGCGUCCUGCCGUCAUUCGUGAAGACGCCGCGUGAUGUGACCGUGCGUACGGGCGCCAAGGCGCGGCUGGAGUGCGCGGCCCGUGGGCACCCGCCGCCCCAGGUAGCCUGGCAGAAGGAUGGGGGCACCGACUUCCCCGCCGCGCGCGAGCGCCGUAUGCAGGUGAUGCCCGAUGACGACGUGUUCUUCAUCAUGGACGUGAAGCCCGAGGACACGGGGGUGUACAGCUGUACGGCCAGAAACACAGCGGGGACCGUCUCGGCCAACGUCACGCUCGCCGUUUUGGAGACACCCCACCUGGCGCAGGGCAUGGAGGACCGCAGCGUGGUCGUCGGGGAAACGGUGGCCCUGCAGUGCAAGGCGCUUGGGAGCCCGCCCCCCCGCAUCGCCUGGCUACGGGGGGAGGAGCCACUGCGUCCCAGCGACCGCUACCACUUCACGCCUGGCAGCCAGCUGCUGGUGAUCAGCGGUGCCGCCCUGGAGGACGCGGGCCGCUACACAUGCGUGAUGUCCAACCCCCUGGGCACCGAGCGUGCUCACUGUCAACUCAGCGUGCUCCAGCGCUCGGGCGGCGCCUGUAGCCCUCACGCCGGCCCCACCGCCGUUACCGUGGGGAUCGUGGUCAUCACCGUGGUGAGCAGUAUCGUGGCCACGUCGCUGGUGUGGGUGUGCAUCAUCUACCAGACGAGGAAGAAGAGCGAAGAGUGCAGCAUCAACACUGAUGAGACAAUCAUCCCCCCUGAUGUCCCGAGCUACCUGUCCUCCCAGGGGACACUGUCUGAGAGACAGGACAUGUGUAUCAGAGUGGAGUCCAGUGGGGGCCCUCAGGCACACGCUCACAGACACAGCAACGGUGGUCUCCAUUUUCCAAUCGUGUGUGCCGAUUGCAUGGAGAACUGCACCGGCUACUCCAGGCCAUCAGGUUACCUCCCCCAGGUCACACCACCCACUUCAGGCCCAGAGUACCAGCAGACGCAAACCCCCUCGACCUGUGCCAGCCACAGGGUGGGCGACAUGCACUGCAACGGCACACCAGCCUUCCCCAGCAACCAUAACACGGCAUCGGUGGCAUCGCACACAAAGCACAGUGACGGGACAGGGUGUUUGGCUGACAGGGCAGGGGUGGUAUCAAGUUUUCCAUCACUGGACGAUACCCAGCAUCACUCUGUGCCCACCCCCCCUACGCCCGCCCGCACGGCUGUUCUCUUUGCCUCCGAGCUCACAAAGACUCUGUUACCCAGAGACCGUACGCACACAUCCAGAGCAUGCCCCAGUGAGGGCUCCCCCCUCAGGCGGGCUAGCGACUAGCACCCUGCCACCAUGGCUAAGACUGUUUGUUGUCGUCGUUUUUGGUGUCGUUUUAUGUCUUCUUUGCACUGUGAACUGCUGCCUCACACCGAGCUGGCAGGUCGAGUCUCGGAGUUUGAAGUGGGAGCUUGGCUGGGGGCGUUGGAGUCCCCGUCUGAGCGUUACUGCUGUACAUAGUUUAAGAUUCUCCCCAGGGAGGCCUCCAUCACCACUCGAACAUGUGACUUGCAUUUAAAGCAUGCUAAAGUAGGGAAUACUGUACAGUAUAACAGAGUGCUAGAACCUUGGGCCUUGAAUUGUACAUAA